GCUUAGCUCCUCCCAUCGGGCCGGUACGUUGUUGGCGUAGCGGUGGCCCUCCUUCCCAAUACGCGCGGGACAAGUCAGACGCAUUUCGCCUGCGCUCCGCUCGAUGAGGCUGAUUGGUGGGCGCUGUUGGUGACGUGCAGGGUCUGCCGUGGCCGAAGAGGAGGCGCCUUGCGGGGCUUCGGGAACUACGCGGCGGCCCGGCUUGAGGCCUAGUUCGGAAGGUUCUGAACCGGGACGAAAAUGUCUCUCUACGACGACCUGGGAGUAGAGACCAGCGAUUCCAAGACCGAAGGCUGGUCCAAAAACUUCAAACUGUUGCAGUCACAGCUGCAAGUCAAAAAAGCGGCGCUCACCCAAGCAAAGAGUCAGAGAACAAAGCAGAGCACAGUCCUGGCUCCGGUGAUUGACCUGAAACGAGGCAACGCUUCCGAUGAGAGGCAGAUUGCAGACACCCCACCGCACGCGGCAGCUGGCCUCAAGGACCCCGUUCCCAGUGGCUUUUCUGCCGGUGAUGUGUUGAUCCCUCUGGCCGACGAGUACGAUCCCAUGUUCCCCAACGACUACGAGAAAGUAGUGAAACGCCAGCGGGAAGAACGGCAGAGGCAGCGAGAGCUGGAGAGGCAGAAAGAGAUCGAAGAAAGAGAAAAGAGGCGCAAAGACAGGCACGAGGCGAGCGGCUUCUCGAGACGGCCGGAUCCAGAUUCCGAUGAAGACGAGGACUACGAAAGGGAAAGGAGGAAACGAAGUAUGGGAGGAGCAGCUAUUGCGCCGCCUACGUCUUUGGUUGAAAAGGACAAAGAACCUGUGUCAAAUUUCCCGUAUGAAGAAGAGUCGCGGCCGCGCGGUUCGUCCUCCAAAGCGGCCAUCCCUCCUCCAAUGUAUGAUGAGCCUGAGCGGCCGCGGUCACCAACGGGCCCCAGCAAUUCCUUCCUCGCUAACAUGGGAGGCACUGUGGCGCACAAGAUAAUGCAAAAAUACGGCUUCCGGGAGGGCCAGGGGCUCGGGAAGCACGAACAGGGCCUGAGCACUGCUCUGUCCGUAGAGAAAACCAGCAAGAGGGGUGGCAAAAUCAUCAUCGGCGAUGCUGCCGAUAAAGCAGAUUCAUCCAAGAAAUCGGACUCGAACCCCUUAACGGAGAUACUGAAGUGCCCCACCAAAGUGGUCUUGCUAAGGAACAUGGUGGGGGCUGGGGAGGUCGACGAGGAACUUGAAGGGGAAACCAAGGAGGAGUGUGAAAAAUACGGCAAAGUUGGAAAGUGUGUCAUCUUCGAGAUUCCAGGCGCUCCCGACGAUGAGGCGGUGAGGAUAUUUUUAGAGUUCGAGAGAGUGGAAUCGGCAAUUAAAGCUGUGGUAGACCUGAACGGAAGGUACUUCGGGGGCCGAGUGGUGAAAGCCUGCUUCUACAACCUGGACAAAUUCAGAGUGUUGGACCUCGCGGAGCAAGCCUGAGUCCCGCUCCCCCUCCCCCGCCUCCGCCCCGACAAGGACACAUCACUAUUGGAAAUCUCUCUCUCCCCCUACCCCCUAUCUGCCGUGCUGAGAACAGAGCAAGGGGGCGGCUUCUCUCCUAAAAACUGAAAAGAAACCCCUGAAUGGAUUUUUUCCUAUUUGUUGUGAUGGACACGGGUUUUUUUUUUUUUUACACUGUACUAUAAACCUCCUUUAAAGUA